AUGAGCGUAGUAUGCAGUAUAAAGUGUAGCACAAAUGAAGGCAUCCAUCAAGUAAUCAACAUAGAGAAAUACAGCAAAUACUUCAAACUGUUACGUGUAACUGCCUACUUAUUACGAUUCAUAAGCAAUUGCCGAAAUACACAGACAAAACUUACCGAUGAAUUAACGACAGCAGAAAUCGAAAGAGCAGAGAUAAGGUGGCUAAAAUGUUGCCAAGAAAGUACUUACCCAGAUGAGAUGUCCAGUUUGAAGUCCAAUACCACCAAAAGAUUACCACUUGUCAAACAAUUGCGUUUAUUCGUAGAUAAAAGCGGUAUUAUUCGUUGUGAAGGACGUAUACAUAACGCGCCAUUAUCCGACGUCACCAAAUUCCCCUAUUUGUUACCGAAGAGACAUCCACUUACACGCCUGAUUGUACUAGACACACAUGAGAACCAGUUACAUGCAGGAACGAACGCUACUGCUACCCAGUUAAGGCAGAAGUACUGGAUCCCAGCUACCAGGCAGUGCGUAAAAUCUAUCCUCAGGAAAUGUACAAUAUGCAGACGAGUACAAGGAAAGCCGUAUAGAGCGCCAGAUCCACCACCAUUACCAAAAGUAAGAGUAGAAGAGUCUCCACCUUUCACUGUGACUGGAGUUGAUUACACAGGUGCGUUAUACGUAAGAGACCAUUCCGGAAGCGUAAUAAAAGUAUAUAUAUGUUUAUUCACAUGUGCCAAUUCUCGAGCCUUACAUUUAGAGGUUGUACCAGACCUGUCCAAAGAGUCAUUCCUACUAGCUUUUAGGCGUUUCGUAAGCCGGAGAUCAGUUCCGAGGGUCAUGAUGUCAGACAAUGCUACAACGUUUACAAGUGCUUCAGAAAGCUUGAAACAUAUUUUCCAGUCAACUCAAGUCAGAGAAACAUUAAGCAGAAAAGGCACAGAAUGGAAAUUCAUUCCCAAACGAGCACCAUGGUAUGGAGGAUGGUGGGAGCGACUAAUAGGUCUCACAAAAAUAGCGCUGAAGAAAGUUGUAGGAUGCUCCCUUGUUACCAUGGAAACACUUCAAACGGUAGUUACGGAGAUCGAAGCCAUGCUGAACGACAGACCGUUAACUCAGAUGUCAUCAAGUGUCGAUGACAUGGACCCACUAACACCGUCACACCUUCUCUACGGCCGGAGACUGACGUCACUUCCGUAUAACACAACUACCUUAGACUUUGAAAAUUCAUCCAAAUUUGACGAACAUUCUGCGGUUACAAAACAGGCAAAAUUACAAUCAAAGCUCCUUGACCAUUUCUGGAAACGGUGGAGAAUGGAGUACUUAACAGCAUUACGUGAAUCUCACCGUAAAUCAGGAACGAAUGAACAGAUGAUAGCCGUGGGUGACGUAGUACAAAUCCACGAUGAAUGUCCACGGAACCAAUGGAAACUAGGCGUUGUUGAGCAGUUAAUUACCGGAAGAGACGAUCGUACCCGAGCUGCUACAAUUAGAACUGCGAACGGAACUACAACCAGACCAAUAGUGAAAUUAUACCCACUAGAAUGUGUGAACUAUAGAAACACUUAA